AUGGAUGACUGGACCGAAUCAAAAGUUUCCAUUGGAAGCUGCGAGGGACCGAAUUCGGAAUUCAUCAAACUCGUUUCAGCAGAGGAUCACGAAUUCAUCGUGAAGCGCGAGCAUGCCUUCCUCUCGGAAACCAUCAGAGCAAUGCUGUCCGGUCCAGGGCAAUUUUCCGAGUCCGAGACGAAUACAAUCUACUUCAGGGAAAUUUCAUCUCCAAUACUUGAAAGAGUAUGUCUGUAUUUAGCGUAUAAACAUCGCUACACAAACAACAUGGCGGACCUCCCGGAAUUUCCAAUUCCUGUUGAUCUAGCUCUCGAGUUGAUGCUGGCUGCUAAUUUCUUGGGUAUAUAG